UAUGAGGAGAGAUUUUACCGCCAAGUAUGGGGAACACCGGCUUCUAUGCCAACACCAACACCAACACCCACACCACCAGCAAAUGCAGACAUUGAAGCUGGAAUAUCAGCCGCAGCGGCAGCACCAGCAACCGCACAUCAUGAAGCAGGAACAUCUGCAGCAGUGGCAACAGCAACAACAUCCCCGCCUCAACAAUUGGGGCAAAUCAGACCAAAAAGGAUGAAGAUGCCAUCUGCAGCAUGUAAAAGUCCAUUCCGGCGUGAUGAUGUCAGAGGAACAAAUUUUCUUAGGUACCUGAGGAGCAAAGAAGCUGAACAGAGGAAUGUGGGAUUGCCAUAUCUGGUGGACAAAAAUUGGUUUGGUCUGAUAAAGAAGACUACCGAAAAGCUAGACAGUUAAAGCAUAGACUCCUACCUUGCCGUGCUAGCAGCAAAACCAGAGUGGGCUGGUUUUGAAGGAAUUGAAUUCCCUGCAAACAUUGCCAUCACAGGCACAAUGUUCUCGGCCGCCAUAGACCAAGUAUGGAAUGAAUUACAUGGAAAAGAUCCGAAAGGCACAACAUAUGACCCGAAAAGCGAAGAGAUCAUACAAGAGGAACAAAUGAAGAGGCUAUGCUUGUUUGCAGUGGGGAAAGAGCCACGAUGGGGGGAGUAUGUCAAGAAAUGGAACGAUGUUGAGAAGCUCAUCAUGAUUGUUCACUUCAACAAUCACUGGGCCACCUGUUUGGUGAAUUUCACGGACCAUGAGUUGACGAUAUAUGACUCCAAUCAGCACAAGUUCGAUGAUAUCCAUCUCGAUAUACGUCAAUGUGCUUUCAUGCCAAUCUGCAGGAUUAUACCACAGAUCCUCAAGAAGAUUGGCUAUUAUGAGAAGCGCAAUGUGGAUGGGAAAUACACAGAAUGGAUAUAUUCCUACCCAUAUGAUGGAUCGAACAAUCUGAAACAAGUGGAUAGCGUAAGUUGUGGGGUUCUGUCUCUUAAGUAUGUCGAGAUGAUGCUUACUGGAAAGUUCGUUGAAAAGAACAUGAGCAAGACGGUGCUUAAAACAUUCCGUGAAAAGAUAGCAGAAAGCAUCUACAAAUUCAGCACGGAUGCAAGUACCUUUGAGCCCUUGGAUGAUGAAGAUGAACAAGAGGAUGCCGGUGAAGGCGAAGAUGACGGUGAAGGCGUUGCGGCAGCCAAUCUUCGUGAAUGAACAAUCAGUUUAUAUUUGUAAAACAAUUUCUAGCAUGCUUGAUAAUCAGUUAGUUUAUUUUGAUUGUCAAUCAGUUUAGGCUUGAUAAAGAACUUGGUGAUCAGUUAGUUUAUUUUGAUUAUGUGAUAUAUAUGGUAUGUUUUAGUCAAAACCCUAAAGGUUUGGAUUGUCAAGUACAUAGCAGGUUUGGCACUUAUGGCACUAUUAGUGCCAGAAGUGCUUAAGGAUAUCCAAA